CAAAUGUACUCUAUUAACACUAAAUAAUUUGUCAUAUCUAUGUCAAAUGCAACACAAUACACUCUUUGUUCGACGAUAACAUGUAAGUAUAUUAGAAAAAAACCGUCAAUAGUUCAUCUGUACAGAGAGAAUAUAUGAGCAAAAAUGUAGGCUAACCAAAGGUUGGAUAACCCAUCACCUGCCAAAAUAAGGGUGCCAUGACAGCCCCCUCCUAUACUACCUCACGGCCAAUCACAAACACAAAUAGGUGAUUGGCAAAAAGUUAUCAAAGUACUACCAAAUCAUAAGGAUAGAUGCAAUACAGAAUUUUAUAGACAACAUAUAGUAUCCUGGCAAAAACUUGCUCCUCCUUUGGCAAAAAAUCAUCAAAGCGAGCUGCAUUCCUGACUCUCCAAAGCGAGUAUAUGGUGCACGAGAAAGCAAUCCUGGCAGCCUUGGCUCGUACACUAGCUCCACUCCUCUCCUUCUUGAUCCAUUUGACCGCACUAGCUAGGGUCCCCAUCACUCGUGGAAUGCCAAUCCAUGCUUUCAUCAUAGCCCAAACUUUUCCUGAAAAAGAGCAUUCAAAGUAGAGGUGUGGAACCGUUUCCGGUCCACCCUUGCACAAUACACACGUAUUAUCCACAUCCAAUCUAUGAAGAUUAUCACACGUGGCUAAUCUAUUACGGAAUGCCAGCCAAGUAAUAAAGGAAAACUUGGGAGGAAUGUAAUCUUUCCAAAUAAAUGGCAUCCACACACGGGUGGCAGCCCUAGUCCUAAGUAAAUCAUAAACCUUGGAGGAUACAAGCUUGCCAUUGGAUUGAAGAGCAUUUAGGCCAAGUAUAGCACUCGGAAUGUCCGGGAAUUUGGAAAGUAUUUCAUCACGGAUUAAUGCUAUCUUUUUGAAUAAUUGUGAAUCUCUUUCGUGUGGGACAAACUCCCACACACUCCUUCCCUUUAGAUAAACCCCAUGCACCCACUUGACCCAAAGAGUAUCCUUUUUAGUGUGUAUAUCCCAAAAAGUUUUUGAAAGUAGAGCCUUGUUCCAAACCUUCGUAUCAUGUAUACCAAGUCCACCUUCUUCUUUCGGGAGGCAAAUAUCCGCCCAGGCGACCCUAGCGAAUUUGCUUCCCCAAAGAAAAAUGCGGCAAAUGGAUGUAAUCCUGUCAAGAAUAACAUUGGGGAUGGGAAACAUUUGUAGCCAAAAAGAGUGUACCCCCUGUAUAACUGAUUUGACUAGCUCAACUCUGCCUGCAUAAGAUAAAGAUUUAAGACUCCAAGCAUUAAUAAAAGUGGUGAUGGACUCUAAAAGGGGUGCGUAUUGGGCCACAGAUAGCUUUAGGGGCGCCAGAGGGACCCCAAGAUAAGUGACCGGGAAUGCACCAAUUUUAAAGUCCACCAGUUCAAGUAUAGUAUCAAGCUCAUAAUAUGCAUUACCACCAAGGAAGAUAUUUGAUUUAUCAUAGUUGACCCUAAGGCCAGAUAUGUUACCAAAAUCUUCCAAAGCCUGUGUAAGAAUCUGUAUAGAUGUGAUAUCACCUCUAGAAAAAAGCAUCAAAUCAUCAGCAUAUGCCACAUGUGAAAUAUUGAGUGACCUACACAGAGGAUGGUGAUUGAACAUAGGGUUGUUGGUCCUAUAAUUCAAUAGUCUAGACAAGUACUCCAAGCAAAGGACAAAUAAGAGGGGGGACAUAGGGUCCCCUUGCCGAAGCCCUCUUUUACCCUCAAAAUGGCCAUGGAGAACACCAUUGAUUGAUAUGGAGUAUGAAGCGGUGGUGACACACUCCAUAAUCCAGUGUAUGAAUCUGCCCGGGAAUCCCAAGUGGGUCAACAUACUAGUAAGGAAGUCCCAAGAUAUAGUAUCAUAGGCUUUCCGGAGGUCAACCUUGAUCAUACAUCUUGGAGACAUACGUUUCCUAGCAUAUCCUUUAAUCAGUUCUUGGGCAACAAACACAUUAUCAAUCAUGAGUCUCCCAUCAACAAAGGCCCCCUGGGCUUGGUCAAUAAGGUCCGGAAGGCACGGGAUCAUUCUUUUAGAAAUGAUCUUAGUGAUGACUUUGUAUACCACAUUUGUACAAGCGAUUGGUCUAAAGUCAGCCGGCGUAGGAGAAUGGGUUGUCUUAGGAAUUAAAGCAAUAACCGUGUGGUUAGUUUGCUUUAAUAACCUACCCGACAAAAAGAAGGCCUUAACAGCCUUGGUGAAAUCAUAACCAACCCUGGUCCAAUUCUUUUUAAAAAAUGCCGAUGUGUAUCCAUCAGGACCAGGUGAUUUGUUGUCACCAAUGUCAAACAAAGCCUCUUUGAUUUCCACAUCUGUGACAGGACCAAUAAGGCUGGCCGAGGCAGCAGAAGGGAGACAUCUACCCGAGGCAACUAUAUUGGGGUCCAGUCCGGAGGUAGGAUAGUGAGUACCAAAUAAGUCAGUGUAAAACUUCACCAGUUCCGUAGCCACUUGGUCAAUAGAGGUGGUAGUCAUUCCAUUUUGGAGUUUGAGAGCCGUAAUGGAGUUUCUAGCCACAUUCUUUUUCACAAUAGCAUGGAAGUAUUUGGUGCAUUUAUCACUUUGGACAAGAUGGUUAGCCUUGGCCUUUUGCCUAAAAAAGUCUUCUUCAGCCACUUUAAGGUUAAGAAGUUUUUUCUUUAUCAAGGAGAGUUCUUCUUUUAUAGUUUCAUCCAACGGAGAGAGUAUAGAAAGCCCAAGGAGCCUUUUAUACUCUUUUUUGGAGUCCUUAACUCUUUCAGAAAUGUGACCAAAAUGGAGUUUAUUGAGCUCUCUAAGUGGUCUUUUAAGGUCCUUCAGUUUCUUGGCUAAAAUAAAUUGAGAGCUUCCAUAAACCUCUUUAACCCAAUGGGUAGUGAGGAUGGCAUUGAAAUUCUCAUGGUUUAGCCACAUAUUAAAAAAUUUAAAAGGCCGAGAGGCAGCCCCAUUAGUUUUCCCAAUGGAAACCAUGGAAGCUACAUGGUCGGAUUCAAGUUCGAAAUCAUGAAAAUGUGUUUUGCACUCAAUAUCCAAAGUAGACCAAAAAGAAUUAAUAAGAACUCGAUCUAGUUUAGCCCAAAGGGAACCUCUAUUCCAAGUAAGGAAUUGGCCCGUGGAUGGGCAAUCAACAAGAUUAGUUUGCAAUUUAAAAUCAUUUAAAUGUUGCAUAACAUAGGCCGAGGGAGGGGUAGGACCCACCCUCUCAUUCGGGCAUCCAACACAAUUAAAGUCUCCCAUUACUAGCCAAGGGCUAUUAAUGUUAGGCUCCAAGUUUGCUAGAUGGUCCCAAAGGGCCUUUCUCUCAAGCGCCGUGUAGAGAGCAUACACAAAAGUAACAAGAUACUCAAUUUGAGUAGUCUUACAUGUGGCGCUAAGAUGCACAUGUUGUUUGUCAAUUUCAAGUACAUUAAUAUGAACAAAAUGUGGGUCCCAAAUGAUGCCAAUACGGCCACCAUCAAUUUUGUCAAAAUUAGUAAUAGAUAGCCAAGAAGGUAAUCUAUUUGAACUAAAGUUAACAAAAUUAGUAGUGGUCAUUUUGGUUUCAAGAAGACAACACAAAUGAAUAUUAUUAGUGCGAAUAAACUUAAGGAUAGAGUUUUGUUUGGAGACCUUAUUAAGGCCUCUUAUAUUCCAAGCGGACACAAUCAUCAAAUCCUUUUGUUGUUGUUCCUCCAUCCUCCUCUCUUCCCUUGAUGUCUCGGCCUACUCCCAUUGUUUUCAACAAUAGGGCUCGGCUUUGCUCUUGCUUUGUACCUAGUAAGAUACAAUAAAGUAUAUGGAUAUUCAAUGAACCAAGAGUUAAAAUCAUACCCAUACUCCGUAGGAAAAACACCCGGAAUAGCCUCCAUGCAUUUGAGCGUGAAAGUGAGCCCCUCGGUAAGCACAUCUUGGGUGACUCUCAAGUAGUUAUCAAGCCUCACCAUUUGAUCCUUUACUUCAUCGAAGUGUAGGAGAUGAAUCAAAGGUAGGUUGUCUUCACCAAGUUCAAGUUUGACAAUAACAUCAUCUCGGUAUGCAUCUCUUAUGUCUUUCACCACACGCACUUUGUUGUAAUCCACCAUGCUUGGACGCUUCACAAGAGAUGCUUUCCCCCUUGGACACCCGUCUUCAUAAUAUCUACAAAGAUAGUGCCUAAGAACACCCCUCAUAAAUGUAGGGCCGAAAGUGUACCCAUUGUUGGUACUUGUGAUACCGGGCAGCCCCUCCAAAGUUUCCUUACUAAAUAGCAUUCCGGGUUGGUCUUCAUUCACAAUUUUAAGAUGAUGAUCCAUCUUUAGUAUUAUAGCAUCCUUAUCUACAUGUUUUUUAUGUGUUACAUUGAUAGUAGGCAUGAGAACAUCAUCGGUAUGCAUUUCAACUAUCACCUCAUCUUGAUAGGUGUCAUGGAACUUUUGUACUUUUCGGACAAGUACAUCCUCACCAUCUUUGAAAUCGGAUGUGCCACCCUCACCCCUUAUAGGCUUCUUCUUCCCCCAUUUAAAGAACCGAAAUCUCUUGAAAAAAGGAUGGUCUCUUUUAGUGAUAAAAAGGUCAUUAUCUUCCUCAAUUGCCUCCUUGUUGCUCACUGUUUUGGCAGCCCCCUCGGCCUCGUUUUCCUCUUUGUUGCUCACUGUUUUGGCAGCCCCCUCAGCCUCGUUUUCCUCAUUGUUGGUCACUGUUUUAGCAGCCACAUUGCUACUUUCGGCUACUGUUUUGGCACCACAAGUUGCACCCUCGGCAGCCCCUUCUUCUAUAUUAAUGCCCAAUCUUUUUUUUAUAACAUCUUCUUUAGCUUUCUUUUCAAUUGAGGCAAUAAUGGAGCAAGUAAAAGCAUGGUGUCCAAACUUUUUGCAAUGGAAGCAAUAGUUUGGAAAAGUUUCAUACCUCACAUAUUGAGUGUGUAGUUUGCCAUUUGGUAGUUUGAUCUUGAAUUCAAGGGGUGGCGGUUUGGAGGCAUCAACUUCAAUUAAGACUCUUGCAAAAUUUGAUCUAGCUUUUUCAAGUGUUACUCUAUCCGUAGUGAUGGGGAUACCCACUUUAGAAGCCACCUCACUUAUAAUAUCCUCUUCCCAAAUCCUCAUAGGAAGAUGGGGGAAGUGCACCCAAAUAGGAACUUUGAGAAACUCCUCAUCAUUCAUAGUAAAGUCAUCCGAGAGCAACUUUAAAUGAAAAGUUUUUCCAAACAUAGUAUAUGGCCCCUCCAAAAGAACUUUAGCCCUAUCUUGCUCAUUUUGGAAUUUAAAGAUUAUCCACCCUUUAUCAUGACUUCUAAAACGGCAUGGAACACCCCAUUUUUGUACAAUAGAUUGGAGGUUCUUGUAGCCGGGGUUUCCACCAUCAAAGUAGGCAACCAAACAAUGGCCCCAAAGAGUGAUUAUGGAUGGUAUCUCUCGGGUGGAUAGGUCAAUGAUGUCUCCUUUCGGCUCGAUGUACCGAAGCUUCAUGCCUUUGUUAGGUUCUCUAUUAUCUUUGAAAAGUGAUACAAAUGAGGGCUUGGAGGCAGGUUUACCCCAUUUGCUUACCACCAAUGCCGCGGCAUCCUGCUGGUCCACCGGGGCAGUUUGUACAAUGGCCUCAUCCACCUUUUCCACCGGGGCAGUUUGUUCAUUAGUUGGAGGAGGUUUGUUAGCCUCGGCUGCUUCCUUGUCCAGGAUUUCUUUAACACUAGGAUGAAUCUCGUACUCCUCAUUUUCAACCUCCACAUGUUCAAUAGGGGUAUCAUGUAAGACUGGUACAAUAGGAUCACCAUCUUGACAGUUUGUGUCCAAGCCAUCGAAAACAGGAGCAAUAGGAAUAAUAGGGGCAGUUUGAUGACUAUCAAUGUUGAUAUCCAAGCCUUUAGAGGUUACCUCCAUAGUUGAGUCAUUGGCCCCAUGCGCAUCCUGUAUGCUUGAGUCCCCAGACAGUAUGUUCUCUUCUUUGGAAUUCUCCAUUAUGGGUUCCAAGGCUAUAGGGGAACCAGCAUCCUCCAUAUGGGUAAUCAGGUCAUCCUUCCCAGUUUGUGAUAUGUCAUCCGUAUCAUGUGUAAUAGCCAGAAUUGCUUCAUCAAUUUCUUUAUUUUGCUUGGCCCGAAGUCGAGAUGAGGAUUUCGUAGGAGCUACCUCCUUUUUCUUUUUGGUGGCCAUGAGAAAGGGAAGCUAGAAGAAAGCAGCCCCUUCUAAGUAACCAUCCAGGAAAAUUUGAGCAACUUUCUAUUUUGAGCUAGGACCGUACAAAAAUGGCAGGAGCCGUUGGAGAAGAUGACCAAUUUCCAAUUGUCUUUGUUGAUGGAAAAGAUUAUAAUAGCUUAAUCCCUACAACCAGGAGAAGCUAAAAACACACCCCAACCAAAGACCGAACAGCAGGAGGCCGAGAUAUAUCCGUUGACCUGCGUUCGUAAACAGUGUUUCCGCCGGUGUUUAUGAGUGAACUAAGGCCAAAACUCCUGAAAACGAGCUCAAAAAAUGGAGGAUAUACUCCCCAAAGCGACUUAGGAUGUAUAACGACCAAUAUUUAAGCUCCAGAGCAAGAUCAAUGGAAGAAACGAACUGGAUUUGUGGAUUAACGAAGAAGAGCCUCGAUGGAGAGGGAGAGAAUCAGCUCUCAACUUCAGCGUAACCCAUUGCAACUCGAAAUUACACUCUUUGUUCGAGUCUGGCACGCCCGAGGUUUUUGUUUGUUUCUUUUCUGUGUUUGAAUUUUCUUUCUGUAUACUGUAAGAUCCGCUCUAGCAUUAGCAGUAGUCGGUAGGUGUGGGAGUAUUAAAUUUUGAGGUGCCGGCCGGGGCUACCACAUCUCCCCCAUUAAAAGCCUCGGGAAACCCAUAACAAUUCAAACACCCUUCAUUUUCUUCUCCUCUCACAUAACAUACCCACUGACACGAUUCCCUUCUCAUGGCGGCAUUAGCAGUGACGAGGACAAGCGCCGUCCUCCUCCUAGUGGUGGUUGGGCUGGCCGUCACCGACGCGCAGGCGCCGGCGGGGGCUCCGUCGGCUGCGGCGGAGGACUGCAUGACGGAGUUGCUGGGGAUGUCGGAUUGCUUGACGUAUGUGGAGGCAGGGAGCAACCUGACGAAGCCGGACAAAGGGUGCUGCCCGGAGCUGAAAGAUAUAGUGAACAAUCACCCAGUUUGUUUGUGCAAACUUCUGGCUGACCCCAACAAUAACAGUGUGGGAAUCGCAAUUGAGGUGAAGAAGGCCCUCAAUCUUCCCACUGCUUGCAAGAUUGAUUCCCUUUCUCCCAGCCUCUGCUCAAUUUUAGGUAUAAACGUUGCUGGAGUACCUGCUCCCGCUCCUGCUGAAGGGCCAUCAUCUGGUGCAGGAAGUCCAUCUAGUGUAACAGAUGGUAGUGGCGGGUUAGCGUCAAGUCCAGCUGCUGGGAAGGGGGCCAGUGCUGCUCCAAGAACCACCUUCUUUCACCUCUGUCAUUCCCUUCUUGCCUUGGCUGCUACCCUUUCCUUUGCAUCUUUUCUUUAACUCUUAUCAACCAAAAUUCAUUAAAUUGAUUUCUCAUCAUUCAUGUCGUCUUUAUUUUUCUACUUUGAGGGAAUGUUCAUGUCCUAAUUAUGUAUCAGUUUGUCUAAAAAGAGCUAUGUUUACGAUAUCUCUGAUAUUCUCCUGACAUUUCAUGGUAUAUAUGCGUAAUGUUUGCCC